UUGUGAUUGGCAACACAAAGAAAAUAAAAUAAAAGCAGUACAGCAACCACCAUGAGAUGGUUCAGGUAUUAUCAGUUGACACCAAUGUCCUAAAGGAAUUUGCAGACCUCUCUUCCAUAUUCCUCUCGUCUUUUCAUUUUCUCUCCUGAUCAAUAUUCCCCUCUCUCUCCUACCUGGAUUCUCUUCUCUCUCUACAUAUAAAUAUACAAACAAACCCAUAUUUUGAAGACAAACAUUUUCAAAGGAAGAAAAAAAAUGAGUAGUAGCUGUGGAAGAGAAGGUGUAGGAGGAGCAGUGAGACAGUAUAUAAGAUCAAAAGUCCCUCGUUUGAGAUGGACUCCUGAACUUCACCGUUGCUUCGUUACGGCCAUUCAUACCCUUGGAGGCCAUCAUAAGGCUACUCCUAAACUUGUUCUUCAGCUUAUGGAUGUAAAAGGUCUCACCAUUUCACAUGUCAAAAGCCAUCUCCAGAUGUACAGAAGUAUGAGAGGUGAAAUGGGAAGACAAGGUAGAACAAGUUCACAACAUAGAAACCAAUGCUUUGAAGAUCAUGACGAUGGAUGUGUUGAUGAAGUGAAUGAGCAUUCAUGUUCAAAACUCAUAAGAGAAGAAUCUGAUUCCUUCCUUGGCAACAGCAAUAUCUUCUCUAAAAGAGCUCGAAUCGAGAGAAGUUCUACAACAAUUAGUCUGGUGCAAUGCAGCGAAAGAAGAAGAAUAUGUGAUGAUGAUGAUGAUGGUGGUGCAGUAACAAUAACAAAUCCGUACCGCUUUUAUGACCAUGAACUGCUGCACAAGAAAAAAGGAAUAAAAGAGGAAGAAAAGUUUUAUGGAUGGCAGAGAAAGAUUCAACCACAUUUUGGCAUCACUUCUUUCAAAUCUCCGAACCAACCAUCUCAUUUCUCUCAGGUUGGUAAUGGGAAUGAGAAAAGGAGGGGUUCAUGGUCAAUGAAUGGAGUUAUGAAAACUGACAAAGCACAUGUAGAAGUUGAAAGUGAAGGAGGAGAUGAGUUGUCAUUGUCACUAACAUUGCAAAAUGGUUCAGCUCAGACAAGUAAUGGUUGUUAUUCGGCAAGUGAAAUCAGUGAGGCAAUUUCAUGCUGGACAACUCCUCCUAAAGACUGCUAUAGAACAUCUAGUAGUGUUAAAGAAAAGAUUAAUUUAGACCUAUCUUUAGCCAUAUGUGGUAAUUGAUUUGAUGCUACUUUAAUGUAGGAUUUUUCUCUUUAUUCUCUUUGUGCUACUUUUCUUGUUCCCUAUUCACUGCUUCGUUGGUUGGCUUUUUAA